AUGGCUUGGCCCUUCCGCAGCCGCUGGCAAAGAUCGUACCCAGCAGACGUGGAACAGGGACACAGGCACGGACACCACGACGAGCAGCGCCACAGCCACAGCCAUGCACAGAUCCUGGGCGCCAAAUUGAUGCUGCUGCUGGCCGCGACUUUCUUGCUCGUGUCCCCAGCGCUCAAGUCCGACUGGGCGGCGUACGUGCUGCCCUACGCAGCAUUCCAGCUGCUGCUUCUGAUGAUCCUCUUGGUUCGGGGCGUUUGUACAGAUGGUCCAAGCAAGGGCCAGAAAGACCCCGUGUUUCGGAUCUGGGCCAAGGUGCCGGCCAGGGAGGUCAACUCACAGCCACCUGAAUUCCGGGUCCACGAGAUUGCUUGCAAGGACCUGAAGGCCGUGAUCCAGCGGACCGGCACCUGUGUAGCCAAUCAGGGCGCUUGCCCCAGGCUGGGGGCUUGCUGCAUCUGCAUGGAAGAUGCAGAGAUGGUGGCCUUGCUGCCCUGUGGGCACACCUUCUGCGAGCCCUGCAUCGCGCAGUGGUCCAUGUCUACCUCAGAGUACAGCGGCAAGUGCCCUGUUUGCCGCGCAGACUUCGCGGCGAGCACGCUGGACGGUGCCGAGCUUUGA